GUUGCGGAUCCCGGCAUAUUUCAUAAUUCGUCCGGUAUUCUAAGAUGAACUUUGAAAAAUUUAGACUAGAUGCUCGUGAGGAGAGGUUGAAUAAACCGCUCCUUAUGAGUUGUCUUCCUUUCAUUUACUGCGAAUGCGGAGCUGAGAAGCAGACGAAGAACAAAGUCGUCGAUUUCUCUCAGCAAACGGCGGCAAAAUUCUUUGCAGACGAAGGCUGUUUUCUUAAAAAUCGUCUCCGGAAGUCCGGUUCAACAGAGCAUGAAAACGAAGAGGUUUUUCAUCUUGAUAAUAGUUCAAGAAUUGGUCUGACAUUCUCAUAUUGCCGGCAAUACACGGAGUCUCUUUGUCAGUCUUGCGUUUAUUGUGAUAAAAGUACAAAAUUAACAUUCAAACAUCACUCAAGAACACGUGGAGAAUUUGAAGACAACUCAAAGACCUCCACUAAGGAACAUUGUGGGUUAUAUCAGUACUACGGUGAACAUCGUGUGAAGGUUGAAGACAGCUCAGAGACCUCCACUAAGGAGCAUUGUGGGUUAUAUCAGUACUACAGUGAACAUCGUGUGAAGGAUCAUUGCCCUUUGUGUGAUGGGACUUUGUGUCAGAGUGAUCUACAACACCAAGGUCGUAUUGUUGGAUGGAUAGAUAAGGGUAUCUUCAGUGAAAUAAUGGCUUUUAAAGAACUUAUGGAAAGAGCGACAGCCCAGAUUGAGACUCGUCAAGAUGUUGCUAGUGGUCAUCGUCUUCUGAUGGAUGAACUCCGUUCCCGUAAGAAAAAGAUUUGUAAACAUAUCAAACAAUAUUUUGUCCACUAUGAACAAGGGAUGGAAAAUAUCGAAAAAGAAAUCUUACAAACCGUGCUUACAUGGUACGAUAUUCAGAUCGAAACAAUCGAGCAUGCGCAGAUGCGCGAAGAGCAAAGAAUUGAUAAAGUCUCGGACGCUGUAAAAUCCUCCCGAAAUCGUCGUGAACACGAUUCAUACACUGAGAUGAUUUUCCUGAAACCUUUAGUUCUUCAGUCGAAAGUUAUCUGUGGCUCAAAACAGAAAACUGAAGAUGGUUUUAGACCAUCAAUUGGGAAUUUGAUACGCAGUGCAUCAUGGGAUGCCUCGGUUGAUCAAACUCCCUUUCAAAAAACAACUGGUGUAAUUUUGCCGUCAAUCUUAAAAAAGAUUCCUCCAGUUGAUCAAAAUGAUGAUAGAGGCGGUAUGUGUAAACGACAGGCUAUGUUUUUGGCGGGAAAUAAACAAAAUACAAGAGAAACUCGGUUGACAGUCGGCAAUCGCCGUAAACGUUUCGGUGUAGAUGGCGUGGAUUUCCAUCUGAGUCGAGUGAUUUCGCGCGAGAAUACCGCCGUUGGGGGGAAUGGCACUACUCGUAACUACAGAUAUGACAAGAUUUCAAGAAAGAAAAAGUUUGGAAAAUCUGGAUCAGGUCAAGGUGAGUUUUUACAUCCCUGUGAUGUUUGCAUAGAUCAAUCGCAGAACGACAGAAUUAUUGUAUCCGAUUUCGACAAUUGUCGUGUACAGGUCUUUUCUUAUUACGGCGAGUUUCUCUUUGCGUUUGGUAAUCGUGGUUUUGGUCCUGGUCAGUUCAAUGGUCCUACAGGUGUUGCUGUACUUCAUGAUAAGACGAUUAUAGUGUCGGACUGUCUCAAUAACAUCGUGCAGUUGUUUUCAAGUCACGGUAUAUUCAUAAGCUCUUUUGGUACGGAGGGACGCAAUGAGGGACAGUUUUGGAGACCAAUGGGGAUAGCUGUGGAUAGUCAGGAUCAGAUUAUUGUUGUAGAUCAAGGUAACAACAGAUUACAAGUGUUCACUGCAAACGGCGAAUUCCAGCACACAUUUGGACGGAUGGGAAACAGCAAUGGAGAGGUAAGUUGUCCAAAUUUUGUUGCAGUGGAUCAUCACGACAAUAUUUACGUUUCCGAUAAGUUCACUUUACAAAUACAAGUCUUCGGAAAGGACGGAAUCUUUCUCAGAAAAAUCUCCACGAGUCAAAUCUACGGAUGUUUUCAAGGCCAUGUGGACUAUCUCUCCGGUAUAGCAGUGGAUACUAGGGGAUAUGUUGUGGUAGGAGUCAAGGGUAGUUGUAGCGUUCGUGUUAUCUCACCAGACGGUGAAUUUCUUCGUGGUUUUUCUCCUACCGGUUCCCUACCUUCCCGUGUUUUGUCCUCACACGGAAUUGCUCUUACUUCCGUUGGGGAAAUAGUGGUGUGUGAUUGGUUCAAUAACAGGAUUCGCUUUUUCUGAUUGGUCAGUCGAAAUACCCUACCGUAUUGGAUAGGUCGAACAUAAAUAAGAUGAAAUUUCAAAAAGUCUGUUGUUCUUCGGAAAUUGUAUUCUUUAUUGAGAAAUGGGGCUUGCUACAAUCAUCUUGACCGAGUGUCUUAAGUAUAUAUACAUUUGUUAAAAGAUUAAAACUAGUAAAAAUUAAAAAAUUGCAGAUUUUGUAA